AUGCAGAAUUUGAGUAAGGAAAUGAUGAAAGCUGGGAUAAUGGAAGAAAUGCUAGACGAUACUAUGGAAUCUUCAUUUGGUCAUCAUGAAGAAAUGGAUGAAUUAGCUGCUGCUGAAGUUGAUAAAAUCAUAUGGGAUAUAACAGCUGGACAGUUAGGUGAAGCACCUGAACCUGCUGAUCAUUCCUUGUCAGUUUCUGUACCUCAGAGUGUCCUACCAGCAUCUAAUUUGCUAGAUAAAGAUGAGGUGGAUUUGGAAAUGGAUGCACGACUUGCUGCUCUUCGAAGUUAACACUCUUCUUUUUUCUUUUCUUAUCACUAUAUGGGCUUUCUGGCUAUAUACACGGACUUUAUCUUAUUGCAUAUUGUACAGGAAACAAGUUUUAAUUGGCAUAAACUGUAUUGGUCAUAGCUUAUAAAAACGUAUGAUAACGUAAUCCAGUUAAUUGAUCAAAAUUUAAAAGCGGAUCUAUGUUUUCGAAAAGACGAACAAACAGGAUCUUUCAUUUUAUCAUCUAAAAGUUGUUGAAAGGAAAUUUUUAAAAAUUAACUUGGAGUUUUGUUUGUCUUACAAACCGCUUAUAUUGGUAUACUUAUAAGACUACGUUCACUUUCUUUCAUAAUAUUAUUAUGUCCAUAUUACCAUUUACAUGAUUUUACUUAAUUAAAGAUGUGUUCAUGCUAAAAUUCAUCCCUUAUCACAGUGUUUUAUUUUAGUGAGUCUCUUAAUUCACUUAUGUUGUAUAUAGCAUGCACAAUACUAAAGGUUUAAAAUCAAG